CCGCUGACUAAGCCACCAUAGGGCUGAUGGCCCCACUAUACUUUGAAGCUUCCAGAGGCUUUUGUUCUUGUGAUGCAACACCACCAUGCCGUUCGCUCAGCUGGUCAUAGGGUCGCCGGGCUCGGGAAAGUCGACCUACUGCGAUGGAAUGCAGCAGUUCAUGGGCGCUAUCGAACGCAAAUGCUCGGUCGUCAAUCUCGACCCCGCCAACGAUCAUUGCUCGUAUGAGCCGGCCGUAGAUGUACGAGAUCUGGUGACGAUAGACGAGAUUAUGGAGCAGGAGUCGCUGGGACCAAACGGCGGUAUUUUGUAUGCACUAGAGGAACUGGAGCACAACUUUGACUGGCUAGAGGAAGGGUUGAAGGAGCUCGGAGAUGAUUAUGUUCUAUUUGACUGCCCUGGACAAGUCGAGCUCUUCACAUCGCACUCGUCGUUGCGCAACAUCUUCUUCCGCCUCCAAAAACUUGGGUAUCGACUUGUCGUCGUACACUUGACCGAUUCCAUCAUCCUCUCACGGCCGUCUCUGUAUGUAUCUUCAUUACUCCUCGCCCUGCGCAGCAUGCUGCAGAUGGAUCUACCACACCUGAACGUCCUCACCAAGAUCGAUAACUUGAAAAACUAUCCAAAUCUACCCUUCAACCUCGACUUUUAUACCGAGGUACAGGACCUCCACUACCUUCUACCACACUUGAACCGUGAACAGAACUCAGGUAUACCAGGACCCACCCAGGCGGACGCCCGUGAUGACAUGGACCUGGACGACGAGGAGCCUACAUCCAAGUACUCCGCACUGAACAAAGCGAUCGUGGAGCUUGUCGAAGAAUUCGCGCUUGUCGGCUUCGAGACACUGGCUGUCGAAGAUAAGAAGAGCAUGAUGACCCUGUUGCGAGCAAUAGAUCGCGCUGGUGGCUAUGCACUUGGUGGAAUCGAAGGCGCAAAUGAGACGGUAUGGUCGAUGGCCAUGCAACAAGAUGCUGUAACGAUGGAUGCGCGCGACGUACAAGAGAGAUGGCUGGACAGAAGAGACGAGCUUGACGAACUAGAGAGGAAAGCGUGGGAGAAUGAGACUAAAGAUAUGCGCGAUCGUCCAGAAGCUGAAAUGCCGCCUGCCCCUAGAGCCCCUCAGCAAUCCACAGCGAAGAAGGCAGACGACGAGGAUGACGAGAUGGACGAUCUGGAUGAGAUGAAGGAAUUCAUGGAGAAGCAGAAGAAAGACGGCGGCAUCAAAAUCGUCAAGAAAUGAGCAGAGACGAAUUUACCAGAGCCUAAAGUACCGCCUGCGAAAUGAUGCUGCGUUGACACUGCAGUUUGCUCAGGAGGCGAGAUUUAUUACCUGCCCGACCAAGGCUACAGACUGUAGUGAUUGCCAUAAUGUGGUGCAGUAGCUGAGACACAAAAGAGCAGGCAGCAAGCCCCACAUGCAUCACCGCCUGGGCGGGGUAGCGUCACACGCGUCGCGUGAGUGAAGGGGUGCAGGGUGCGCGCUUCACAGCCAU